AUGGAGAUUCCUUUUGCAGUAACUUUUUUAGGAGUAUUUGGAUGGAAUGUUUAUUAACUAGUGCAAAAAUAUAAAGCUAGACGGAGUUAAAACUACUUGAUAAAAUUAAUAGAUGAUGAAUCAAAUUCUCUGAUAAAUACAUUGUCCCCUUAUAAGAAAAGGAAAUUAAAUGAUUAUAAAGAGGUUGUUAUCAAAAAUCCUUAAAAAGUUGAAGUUUAAGAAAAUCCAGAGGAGUGUGAAUCCAAUACAAGAUGA